AAAAAAAAGAAAGUUCAGAUAUGUCACUCUCGAAAAUUACGCCCCUUUAAACAUCUGUUGUUCUUCCUCUGCCUCCAGCGCCGCCUCCGUUGCUCCGGUGGCUCCAACAGCCGUUUGUCUUCGGCUGAGAUUCCAACAUCACAAGCUCGUAAGCGUCGCGAGUGUUCCGUUCGUAGGUUUAUCAUCGGUUUUUCUAUGAAAAUGCGCUUCCAUACCACUUUAUGCUCUCUGAAUCCUAUACAGCUUCCGUCUCCAAUGGGAAUUCAUUUUUGGUAUGUUGUUCCUGAUGAGGUGAAAAGUGAGGCUCUUUUGAAUAAAUAUAUGCAAGUUUUAUCUCCAAUUGAGAAGCAAAAUGUACUAUCUUUGCCCAGUGAUCAUCUUCAAAAACGAGCACUACUAGCCCGUACCUUAGUUCGGACCACCCUUGCUAGAUAUCAGAUAAAUCACCAUAAUGAUCCAAGUUCCUUGAAAUUCAGAAGGAAUACCUAUGGGAAGCCUGAGGUGGAGUGGCAAAUGGAGGAUGGCUGGUUCCCACCAUCAUUACAUUUCAACAUCUCACAUACUUCUUCUUUAAUAGCUUGUGGAGUGACUCAGAAUUCACAAAUUGGUAUUGACGUGGAAGAAAAGCUACGGAAGAUAAAAAAUAAUGUCUUAGCUUUUGCACGGCGUUACUUUUCUGUCCAUGAAGUGGAAUUUUUAAGUGCCAUUUCAGAACCAGAAGUACAGCGUCAGGAGUUCCUAAAAUUGUGGACCCUCAAAGAGGCUUAUGUUAAAGCUUUAGGAAAAGGUUUCUCUGCUGCACCUUUCAAGACCUUUACCAUUCGUGUAAAGGCUGCCGCUAAGUCUGACCAAGCUGUUUUUCCUGAUGAUUUGGAUUGUGAGGUAUCUGAGAUAAUGGUGGAAUCUUUUGAUGAUCCAAAGAAGUUCAGUAGCAAUUGGCAAUUUGCUCUCAUGGAAUUGUCAGGUUCUCAUUAUGCUUCCAUUUGCGUAGAAAAAUAUAAAACUAGUAAAGUUGGACCGAAAGUUCCGUUGAAAUUAACCGUGUGGAAAACCAUUCCAUUUGUUGAAGAUGAAUGUGUUUCCGGAACUGACUCGGUUGUGCCUAUUGGAGGCUUGGUUAAAAUUAUUUGACUGUAUAAUCCCCUUUUCAUUUACAAUGUAAAUUUCAUAUACAUAUCAAUGCCAAUCUUUUCAAGCAGCAA